AAUCUGUAAUUCAGUUUAUUUUAUUUUCCAACAAAAUUGUUCACAUUUUGGUCCCGUAAAAUUUAAUCAAAAUUAUGACGUUGCAAAAAUUUUGGUGAAACUAUAAAUAAAUUGAACUGAAAUUCAUUGGUUAAAUCCAGAUUGUAAAAAUGUCAAAGGAAAUUUCAAAAAUGCGUUUGCCGAAAAAAAGCUUCUCAGAUAGCUUCAUAUUGGUAAAUUCCAAGAAAACUGGAAUGGCGAACGUUUAUCCAACUAUUAAUACCUCUGAAACACCAAAGAAGGACAAUGAUGCUUGCUCAUCAGUUCAAUUGCAUAAGAAUAUCUGUGGUGAUGGUUUAAAUACGUGUUCAUCUAUUUAUGAAUAUGAUGAAGAAAGUGAUGUCCUAGACAAACUAAUAAUAUCGAAAUUGAUGGUUUUUCAAAUUCAAAUAAAAAAUUUAAUAAAGCUUUCGAAAAAAAUAGAGAAGGGAAUAUUGAGGAUGGAAGCGAUGCAAUGCAAUGAAUCCAGUACGUAAACAAUAUGUCCUGAGAAGAAGAGGA